AUUUCCUGUUUGUAACUGAACAAAGUACACACGAAAGAUUUCAAGACACAGAAGAGAGAGAAAACUGAGGUAUAGUUAAAGACAAGUUUUACUGGCACACUACUUCUAAAGCAACAGAGCAACAUUACUGGGGAAAAGAAGUUUGUGGGAACAUUUUUAAUCCAUAUAUUUGCCUUAUGGUUACAUAAGGAUUUCUCUGAGAAAAGAAGCAUGCCAGAAAACCCUGGAUGCCACUAUUAUGUCUGGGUAAUUCUAGCCUUUUUGGGAUUAGCUCUGAUUGUGUCACUGAUCUUCAAUAUUUCCCACUAUGUGGAAAAGCAGCGACAAGGUAAAAUGUACAGAUGCACUGAAGACUACAUUCCCAGGGAGGAUGAGUAUUAUAUUGAAGACACACCAAUUUAUGGUAACUUAGAUGAUGUGGUCCCAGAACCAGUGGAUGAAAAUUGUUAUGAACAAAUGAAAGCACGACCUGAGAGAUCUGCAAAUGAACUGCAAAAAGCCACUGCACCUGCACAGACAACCGAGGAAGCACAGGUAUUCUAUUCCUUCAUGGAUCACAACUCUGAGGGGAAGCGCAGAAAGCCCAAGAAACAGAAUACCGAUCUGUCACACAAGGACGAAGAAACCCAGUUAUGUGCUGCAGAUGCCAUCCUUUCUAACACCACUUCAGUAGACAACUUCCCAUUUGAGAGCCAGGAAGUAGAGGAAAAUGUUCAUGAUGACCCCAUCAGACUAUUUGGAUUGAUUCGUGCAAAGAGAGAACCUAUAAACUCGCUGGACUAUGAUAUAGCUCAGUAAUCUGGCUCUUACUGGAAAUGUUAAAGAAAAUAACAUGAUUUGGGAGGGUGACAAUCUACAUCAUUUGCUAAUGGGAUGGUGGCUUACCUCUUAUCCACAGCUUAUGUUCAUGCACACCAAAUGUAGUGCCAUGAAAAUUAGUUAUUUGAAUUGGCUUAACAAAUGCCUAAGUAGUAAAAUGUAAAACAAAAUCAAGUUCGCCAACUGAGCCUAAUAACAAAGUCACAAUUUCACCAACAAUGCUUAAUACUCAGUGAAAUAAAAUUUAAAAAAAAUUUUUAAGCAUAAGUAUAUUCUAGAACAUGUUGAAAGAAAAGUAAAAGUCACUUUUUAAAAGGCAUUUUUACUGUCUCAUCAAUAUGAAAUACCCCUUAAUUGAAAGAAAUUUCUGAUUGAAAGCCAUGGGACAUCAAAUAUAUUCCUAAUAGAAGUAGAAGAAUCUUCUUAAAAAGUAUUUUCCCCAGAGGAACUACCUUUAUUACUUUUAAAAAUUAUUAUAAAUUUAAUGCAUGUCCCUUAUAACAAUAAACAACUAUAACAAAGAAUUUAGAUAUUUCACUAGCCAGAGAUAAUCACUAUGAGCAACUUUCUAUAUCCCCUUCUAGAAAUUUUUCUGGACAUGCCUAUGUGCAUACAUCCAUUGUUUUGUUCUUUCUUUUAUACCAAAGAAGGCAGUGAUUAUUUUAUACAUAUUAUUUAAACUUUUUUCACUUAAUAUAUUGGGGGGUUAUUUUUCUUGUUUUUUUAAACUAUAACUAAAUACAGUUACAUAUUAUAAUUUUAAUGCCUGCAUAGCAAUUCACUGAUGACAUUAGAAUUUAUUUAAAUAAUUUGAAAGUGUAUUCAGCUAUUUUCCGAGUUCUGUUUUUCAUUUUUACAUAUAAUUAUUGUAAUGAGAAUGCAUCUCCACGUGUGUUUAAGUACUUAUCUGACUUCGUCUUGAGGCUACAUGCCUAGGAAAGGAAUUGCUGCUCUAAAAGGUAUGCAUAGUGAGUCUCCAUAGAACAUACUUCUAAAAGGUCAAGAGUUUGUUCAAAGUAUGUGUCCAAUUUAAAAUCCUGUAAGGCCCUCCAAAAAGUUAUUUAAAAAACUUUCUGUUAUCUUUCUCCAUUUGGAAUAGGAGUUUAACUGGGUUUCAAAUCAUCACUGACCAAGAAAAGUGUACAUGUGGGCUGUCAGUCCUGCCCUCUGACCAGAGCUUCAUGGAUUUUAUUCAUUCUUUCUUCAAUUCUAUUGGGCUCCUACUGGUGUAUAGGUACCAAGUUAGACAUUGGUGUACAAUGAGAGAAACAGAGAACCCUGCGUCCAUGGAACUUACAGAUGAGUAGGAAAGAUGAGUAUCAGCUUAACAAAGUAUAGCUACUAGUAAAAAACAAAUAUUAUUAAGAAAAUAGAAGAAUGGGAAAUAAUAAUAGAGAGAGAGCAUCUCUGAAGAGAACGUUUUAAUUCUGAGAACUGAACAAUGAGGAGCCGCCAAUGUAAAGAGAGAGGAAGGAAGAGAGCCUGUUGUAUAAGAAUUCUAUCCAUAUUUGGAAGUAACAACUUCUGUCAAUAACUAUUCCUAUUAUGAACUGGUAAAAAACUAAAUGUCAAUGCCAAAGUAAAAUAUUUGAAGUUGUCCAUGCCAUAAAAAAUCCAAAAAAUGUUAGUGUCUAAGGACAAAAGAAAAAAGAAUCAGGUUUCUGACUUUAGAGAACCACAGAAACAUAGGAAAUAAUAAUUAGCAAUGAUAUAUUGACUUUAAAUUUAAUUUUCAAAAUAAAAUAAAAUCUUUGUUAUUGUAUAUGUUUAUGUUACAUUUCUGUACAUAGCAUGGUUCAGUAAAAAUAAAGUUUGAUUGUAUUUUGGCA